AUGAAUUUGAUUGAAAUUUCAAAGCGAUGUUCUGUCACAUUUUCUCCUCCUUCAGACGCCUUUGUGCCUGCCAGUCCGUCGGCCUGUCUGCCCGGCAACCUGCCUCCUCUCGGACCCUCUCUCCGGUGGUCCUGUCCCCCUCACCCUCCAGUUGCUGGCGCGCCUCUACCCGUGCCCGUUGACCUACUUCUCGCUUCGAGAUCGCCGCCCUCUUUGAUCAACUGUUCGCCUGGCCUCCACAACAACCCCCUUCUCUGUCCCCCCCCAAACCCGUUGCCCAGCGAUACCAUUCACCAGCCACUCCUCUUCGGCCUAGGCCCCCACCACCUUCAGACCGAACUGUCAGCCCCGCCACCACCACCACCACCAGCGGACACUCGUCAGCCAUCCUUGAACAAGGCUCGUCCGAUCGGGCUGCCGCUAUUCCAGCCAAUCAGAGGCCCGGACCCCCGAGCCCCCAGCGGCACCGGCCUCGACCGUCUUGAUCGUUUCGACUGCCUCGACCAGACGAACAACCUGCCCGGCCUGGCGCCCCUCCACGAAGUCUGGCCGUCAAUCGUGAAGCCAGUGUUUGGGGCACUCGAGUCCGCUUGCCAGAGAAACCGGGACUCGGGCCCACCCCUGCUGGUCCUGGCGCCAGCCCAUCCGCCAGUCGGUAGCCCCGCCAACGUCAACGCCAACGUCAACGCCAACGUCAACGCCAACAUUAACACCAAAAUCGACAACAAUGACAACGUCAACGCCGACGACGUGGACACGGCCGCUCUGCCGCACUUCCUCGAACAGCUGCGCCUGCAACUGGGGCCCGUCCUCCAGACGACACCACCACCAGCUUCAGCCCCCACAUGCCCUAGCAACCUG